UUCGCGGUGUGUACACACUGGCCGAGUAGCUCGGCGAAAAGUAUUUGUUUAUUUGUUAAAACUCGGAAAAUGAGUGGAAAAGCGUCGAAAUCGAACAGCGCCUCCAGCAGCAUGCUGUACGGCUCCAGCAUCUCGGCGGAGUCCAUGAAGGUGAUCGCGGAGAGCAUCGGCGUGGGCUCCCUGUCGGAUGACGCCGCUAAGGAGCUGGCGGAAGAUGUGUCCAUUAAACUAAAGAGGAUCGUCCAGGAUGCGGCUAAAUUCAUGCACCACGCCAAGCGUCAGAAGCUCUCUGUGCGGGAUAUCGACAUGGCCCUGAAAGUCCGCAAUGUCGAGCCGCAGUAUGGCUUCGUUUCCAAGGACUUUAUACCCUUUCGCUUUGCAUCUGGCGGAGGGCGGGAGCUGCACUUCACUGAGGACAAGGAGAUCGACCUGAGUGAGAUCACCUCGAGCAACACCGUAAAGAUUCCCCUCGAUCUCACCCUACGAUCCCAUUGGUUUGUGGUCGAGGGCGUCCAACCCACUGUGCCCGAGAACCCGCCACCGCUUUCGAAGGAUUCCCAGUUCCUGGACUCCGUCAACCCCGUCAUUAAACUUGAUCAAGGUCUAAACAAAGAUGCGGCUGGCAAGCCCACAACCGGCAAGAUUCACAAGCUCAAGAACGUGGAAACCAUCCACGUCAAGCAACUGGCCACACACGAGUUGUCUGUGGAGCAGCAGCUGUACUAUAAAGAGAUCACCGAGGCUUGCGUGGGAUCCGAUGAGCCGCGGCGCGGUGAGGCGCUGCAGUCGCUGGGCUCUGAUCCUGGCCUGCACGAGAUGCUGCCCCGCAUGUGCACCUUCAUCGCCGAGGGCGUUAAAGUCAAUGUUGUGCAGAACAAUCUGGCGCUGCUCAUUUACCUCAUGCGCAUGGUGCGUGCGCUGCUCGAUAAUCCAUCGCUAUUUCUGGAAAAAUACCUGCAUGAACUGAUACCUUCGGUGAUGACUUGCAUUGUGUCCAAGCAGCUGUGCAUGCGCCCCGAGCUGGAUAAUCACUGGGCCUUGCGAGAUUUUGCCUCCCGACUGAUGGCGCAGAUCUGCAAGAACUUUAACACUCUGACCAACAACCUUCAAACUCGAGUCACUCGCAUCUUCAGCAAGGCUCUGCAGAAUGAUAAAACCCACCUGUCCUCGUUGUACGGAUCUAUUGCAGGACUCUCGGAGCUGGGAGGCGAAGUAAUCAAAGUGUUCAUCAUACCCCGCCUUAAGUUCAUAUCGGAACGCAUUGAGCCCCACCUGCUGGGCACAUCCAUUAGCAACACAGACAAGACAGCAGCCGGUCACAUACGUGCCAUGCUUCAGAAGUGCUGUCCACCGAUUCUCAAGCAAAUGCGUCCAUCCCCGGACACGGCGGAGGACUACAAGAACGACUUUGGCUUCCUGGGACCGUCACUGUGUCAGGCUGUGGUCAAAGUUCGAAAUGCACCCGCUACUAGCAUUGUGACCCUUUCUUCGAACACGAUCAACACGGCACCCAUAACGAGUGCAGCCCAAACGGCCACCACCAUCGGACGUGUGUCCAUGCCCAGCACACAAAGACAGGGAAGCCCUGGUGUUUCGGCCCUUCCUCAGAUAAGGGCCAUUCAGGCCAACCAGCCGCCACAAAAGUUUGUGAUAGUCACCCAAAAUUCGCCGCAGCAGGGCCAGGCGAAGGUGGUGCGACGGGGCAGCUCUCCGCACAGCGUGGUCCUCUCCGCCGCAUCUAAUGGGGCCAAUGCCUCCAACUCGAACUCCAACUCGAGCGGCAGUGGCAUCAGCAGCGGCAGCCUUCUAUCAGCCGCACAGCGGAGCAGCGAUAAUGUGUGUGUUAGUGCCGGUAGCGAAGCGCCAGCAGUUGAUGGUAUAACAGUUGAAUCUUUCAGAGCACCCUAGAAGCCAGUUCCCUGAUCAUUGAGACGGAGAUCGUACGCACACCGCCCGAGCUGGACGAUCUCACGCAUCUGGAGUAGCCAGCUCUUAGCUCGUAGUCUGAAUAAUCAUUUUGUAUGCAAUAAAACAAAGAAAGCGGGAACCUA